UCCAUGCCGCCGCUUUGACAGUCGUGUAACAACCUUCGCGAGAGUCGUGCCGUGCCGUUCGUCGCGUCGCGAGCUGGCAUCAAACUUAUUGUGUUGUAUUUUUGAGAAAUCUAUUGCCGCGCUUCGUCACGAAGGGUGCACUCUGCAUCCCCGCCGUUCAUUUAAAAGUUUGGCAAAGUUGUGACGCGCCUUCUCGAACUCGUCCUUCAUCGAGCGCCAGUUCAAUUAAAUACGUCUUGUUAAAGUUUGAAAAAAUAUCUUUCAAAGUUUGUCUUAUGAGAAGAAAUUUAUUUCAAAAGUAUAGAAAAUUAUUUCCAUUUAAUUACUGAAGUUUCUUCUUCGAGGAAAAAGUGCAGUCGAGCGGUGGAUCGAUACGAUCGAGCUCUAUCGCGAGCAUGAUCCGUCAAGUGUGAUCGACAAUUUUUAAACACGCUCGCGGACGUUUGAAUAAACAUUUGAAGGAGAAGAUAAAGUUGACUGUUGCGUAGCGGACACAAGGAAAUCAUUAUUACGAGCACAUUGUGGUUUGUGCGUGUGAUAAACGUUAUCUACUGCAGUAUAACACCAAAAUCCUUUCAUACGGGGGGAAAAAUCGUCCUUUUCGAGAAGUGUCAAUACCGGAGUUCCUGUUCUGUGGCACCGGAAGUGCAUAUUAACCAGCUAAGAAGAACGAUAUGAACGGCGCUCAGUGGCACUCCAAGUCUCAUCGCGCCCCAUCCGUUUAAUAAUUCGAUCAUUAAGUGAUGCCACGACUCGUUUCGCUUCGUUAGAUGAUGCUUUUCGCGUUAUAAAGUGACCCUCGUCGAAAGAAGCUGUACACUUACGAUGGGCAAGCUUUUGAGUCUUUUGGCUCGAGACGAGUCUACCUGUUGCACGCCUCAAAAGUACGACGUCUUCUUAGAUUUUGAAAACGCACAACCCUCGGAUCUCGAACGUGAGACAUUCGAGGCGGUGCAGAGAGUGCUGAAAAAUUCAGAAUCCAUUUUGGAGGAGAUACAAUGUUACAAAGGAGCCGGGAAAGAAAUUAGGGAGGCGAUUUCGGCGCCCACGGAGGAAUGUCAACGAAAAGCUUACUUAACCGUAGCACCCCUUGUCGCGAAACUCAAACGAUUCUACGAGUUUUCUUUGGAACUCGAAAGGGUCGUGCCGAAAAUUCUGGGACAAUUAUGCUCGGGAAAUCUUUCGCCGACCCAGCAUUUAGAGACGCAGCAGGCUUUAGUCAAGCAAUUGGCAGAGAUACUGGAAUUUGUAUUGAAGUUCGACGAACAUAAAAUGAAAACGCCGGCGAUACAGAACGACUUCAGCUAUUAUCGAAGAACGUUGACAAGAGCGACACUGGCGCAUCAGGAUAACGCCGAGAAGGACCUAGUCGUCGGAAACGAGCUCGCCAACCGAAUGUCCUUGUUCUACGCCCACGCGACACCCAUGCUUCGAGUUCUGAGUCACGCGACCAUUACUUUCUUGAUAGACAACGAAGAUAUAGCGAGAGAGAAUAUUACAGAAACACUUGGUACAAUGGCAAAAGUGUGUCUUCGUAUGCUGGAAAAUCCGAAUCUGUUGGCGCAAUUCCAACGAGAGGAGACCCAACUCUUUGUUUUAAGAGUUAUGGUAGGUCUAGUGAUCCUCUACGAUCAUGUACAUCCCCAAGGUGCCUUUGUAAAGGGUUCGAACGUGGAUGUCAAAGGCUGUGUGAAACUAUUAAAGGAUCAGCCGCCUUGUAAGAGCGAGGGUCUCCUGAAUGCCCUUCGCUACACUACGAAGCACUUGAAUGAGGAGAACACACCAAAAAAUAUAAAAAACCUGCUGGCCGCAUGAUUACCGAAGCAACGCGGCUGCUGCAUCAGAAGUUGAGACCAUCGGCCGCACUUCUCUGCACAAACUUCUCGAAUGGUCGUCUCUAACGACCGUCUUUGUAGCUUCGCGCGAAGGCCCAAGGAUCGUUCACUUGCAUACAAAGCGUGACCUCAGGCGCUUCCUAUCCGCACGCAUCCGGCCCGGUGGACCACACGCGUGUCCUUGGAGUCACGUCAAAAGCUGCCCGAAAACUGCCGCGAGAUACUUGAAGUCUUUGAACAACAGUCAUUGAGUGACACAUGGCAACGCAACGCUCGACAAAACGAUCGAUCGUUGCAUAUUCCUUUUAUUUUCCUACCGUCUUCACAAAAGUCUAUGUAUGUGAUUAUUAUUAUGAAACGAUUAUUUUGCAACAUUGUCGUAUUGUCAUAAAUAUUCCAAGCAUUUUUGUGGAACAUUCAUUGGCAUUAAUCUUUCCCAUUGACGAACUGCGCGGAUUUUUAGUUUACAACGUUUGUAUUUUUUUUUUAUCGUAGAAAAAGUCAAAUAGAAAUUGAUUCUUAUAAAACCAGAUUAUUGCGCAUAGCGAUAUUUUCCUUGGUGCGGUGUUCCAACCAAAGCCGUUUAUUUUACAUGAUUUCCGCCCCGACGGGAUAAGACGUUAAUUAGAGCAUAUCAUAUAGCAUAUUUAGGAUAACGUGGAUUGUGGAAUUUGAAGAUGUUACGAAGAGAGCUUUAAUCACGUUAUGGAUAUGGAGAUCUUUAGCUCUUGUUUUCUUUGUUGAAUGGGCGGGCGAGAGGAUGAAUUGUGAGAUUGUGAGGUACUGUAAGUCGCGGAGUCGUAUAUUACCGGAUCAUCGAGUUGAUAAUCUCAUUUGAUCGGUAAAAACCUAUAUUUUCACCUAUAUUUGGAAAGUAUCGAUAUUAUUGUGCGAUCUGGGUUUUCAUUAUUAAUCUAAAAUCAUUUUGUAGGCUUUUCUUAUAUAUAUAUAUUUGAAAAAUAAAAGAACCAAAGAUGUGCUUUUAGCGUAUAGUAAAGUUGCGAGAGAACUUAGAUGUGAUUUAUUAUUACUAUUAUUAUUAUGAUUGUAUCAUUAGUAUUCUCAUGAUCCUAAAUGAUCCUAUGAAAGUUCUAUUUUACUGACCAGCGAAUUCGCACGUAUCGCGAUAUAUGUCGGCGGCACUACGUCAUUAUUUAUGUAUCAAUCCAGAAAUUCACGUACAAACAUAACAAUCAUAGCGCGACAAUUUGUUGUACUUUUAUGUCCGCAAAACAUGUGCAACUGAACACACAAAAACCGAUUUAAGUUGCAGACUUAAGUCUUGCAUCAAGAUUUUGUCACGGAUUUUUUUUAUCUUAAGCAUUAAAACUUUAAAUAAUUUUUGGUUUAUUAUAAUUAA